UAGCUAGGUAGGUGGGAUUACAGAGGCUCACCACCAUGCCCUGCAAGCAUGCCUUUUAUAUGCAAACCAACCAAUCCCAAAUCCGUAUACCCGACCACUUGCUUUAUUUAACUCUCAUAGACCAAGCCGGAGUCCGCUGAGGAGCACCCCGACUCGAGGCUUAUGGAUCUGUGGGAACUACAUUACCCAUAAUGGCCUGCGUCCGUGAUGUUUCCGGGAGGGGGCAUAGUAAAUUCAGGCGGGACUUCCGGGUCCUCGCGACGGUCGUUUUGGCUUUUCUCCGGUCCUUUCACCCUGUCCGAGGAUCCGGAGCUCUGGUUCGGAACCAGAGUGACCGAACCGAGAAGGCGCGAGAGGAUUCGUCGUCUCCGCGGCACAGAGGCGGGUCUGAGGACCUGAGACGCUGCCGCCCGGGGUGACCUGGCCACGGUCGGGAUAGAAACCUCCACUCCGGCCCCUCUCUGCCCAGAGUUCGAUGGCCGCGGCCGCGCUGAGGGACCCGGCUCAGGGCACUGUGACCUUUGAAGAUGUGGCUGUGUGCUUCUCCUGGGAGGAAUGGGGUCUCCUUGAUGAGGCUCAGAGACAGCUAUACCGUGAUGUGAUGCUGGAGAACCUGGCUCUUAUAACCUCCCUGGGUUGUUGGUGUGGCGCAGAGGAUGAGAAAGCACCUUUAGAGCAUAGUGUUUCUGUAGAAGGAGUGUCACGGGUCAGGAUUCCCAUGUCAAGACCGUCUCCUCAGAAGGCCCACCCCUGUGAGAUGUGUGGCCCAAUCUUAAAAGACAUUAUUCAUUUGACCGAGCAUAAGGGAGCACAUCAAGGGCAGAAAUUGUACAUGUGUUGGGCAUGUGAGAAACGAUUCUAUUUCAGUACAAAUCAUCAGUGCCAGAAACAGCACACUGGAGAGAAACCCUUUGGAAGCGAUACGAACAGGGUAUCAUUUGUGAAGAGCUGCACAUCCAGUGAGUCACAGAAGUCCUUUGCCUGCAGGAACAUUGGGAAGGAUUUCCCAGCCAGCUUGGGAUUUCUCCAGCAACUGGCCACUCAUGCCAGCGAAAAGUCAAAUAGCAGAACCCCAUGUUGGGCUGCCUUUCAAAGGGGAAAAACCCAUUACAACUGGGGAGGAUGCAGCAAAGCCUUUAGCUGCAAACACACACUGGUUCAUCAUCGGAGAGCCCUCACUAGAGAAAGAGGUUACAUUUGCAAUGAAUGUGGGAAGUCCUUUAGCCAUAAAUCCAGCCUCAUUAAACACCAGAGAGUUCACACUGGAGAAAGGCCUUAUAAGUGUGGGGAAUGUGGCAAGUCCUUUAGCCAAAGCUCCAACCUCUUUCAGCAUUGGAGAGUUCAUACUGGAGAAAGGCCUUAUGAGUGUGGGGAAUGUGGGAAAUCGUUUAGCCAAAGCUAUAGCCUUAAUAACCAUCGGAAAGUUCAUACUGGAGAAAGGCCUUAUGAGUGCAGUGAAUGUGGGAAAUCCUUUAGCCAAAGGUCCAACCUCAUUCAACAUCAGAGAAUUCAUACUGGAGAAAGGCCUUAUGAAUGCAGCAAAUGUGGGAAAUCCUUUAGCCAAAGCUCUGCAUUAAUGCAACACCAUAGUGUUCACACUGGAGAAAGGCCUUAUGAGUGCAGCGAAUGUGGGAAAUAUUUUACCUACAAUUCCAGUCUCAUAAAACACCAGAAAGUUCACACUGGGUCAAGGCCUUAUAAGUGCACUGAAUGUAGGAAAUCCUUUAGCCAGAAUUGCAGCCUCAUUCUACAUCUGCGAGUUCAUACUGGAGAAAGGCCUUAUGAGUGCAGUGAAUGUGGGAAAUCUUUUAGCCAAAGGUCUGCACUCCUUAAACACCAGAGAGUUCAUACUGGAGAAAGGCCCUAUGAGUGCAAUCAAUGUGGGAAAACUUUUAGGCGAAGCUCCAACUUCAGUGACCAUCGGAGAGUUCACACUGGAGAAAGGCCUUAUGAAUGUGGCCAAUGUGGAAAAUCUUUUAGCAAAAGCUCAGGUCUCACUCGGCACCAGAGAGUUCACACUGGCAUAAAGUCUUAUGAGUUUGUUGGAUAUAAGAAAGCCAUUAGCCAAUGGCCUUACCUCAUUGGGUACCACAAAGUUCAGGUGGAAAAAACACCUUAGAUGUACUGGGUAUGUGAUAUUUUCUUGUUGAGUAUAACAACACUGGAGGUGAUCCCUUAUGAGAGUGCCAUCUGCUUGAAUUGAACCUCAUUCAUUUAAACAUCCACAAAAAUUCCAGGUGUGUGGGAAGUUUUAAGGUGCUGUAUUGUACUUUUAAACCUGCUCGGGGUCACUGUCAGUAUUGUAGUUCUAGCCAUUUGACCUCUGGCACCUGGCAGGAACCCACAAUGUGCAUUGUUCACUGACCUCAGUACGCUUUGGGAAGUAAACCUGUGUGUUCUCCUUUUUGUAGGAUGAAUUUGUGAGAAGCCUGAGCACUCGCUGCUUUCUCAUUUCUUUCUGAUGAGUCAGGGCAUGAAUAUGACACAUUUUUGGCCCAGAGGACUUGAUAUGAGUUCUGCUGAUGAGUUGAAAAGAUGGGCUACCUUUUUCAGGGAUAUUGUUGGCUUCAUGUGAUUCUAGUAAUGAUGUUUUCCAGCCUCCAAUUUACUAGCCCAGAAAAAGCCUGUUUCUUCUUGCUCUGGUUUCUGUGGUAAUAAAGACUUUAUUUUUUAAGCCACCUUUAAGCUUGAGAAUACAGUUUAUUUUAUGGGGUGCUUUGAAAACAAUAGGAUUCUGCCAGAAUGAUUGGAGUAACAGCUUCUGUGAGUAU